AUGCUCCAAGCUGCAGAGAAUAUACCAAGCACGAAACACAUUGCCAGUGAAUUGCAGGCGGACCUGUUCAAGACUUGGCUGAAUGAGAGGUAUACUCCUGACUCAAUCGUCAGCGGAUUCGGGUCCUUCCGGCUAAGGGAUAACCCGUCACUACUGAAUGUUGUGAUGGUCUACAUGAAGGAUUUCAACAAAGAGUAUCCAGAGAAGGCAACGACUUUACUUCCUCUACUUAGAAACAAUCAUUUCGACGACAGAGAUCUGACAAACUUGAUGGAGACGGCCUCGAAAAGCCCAGCCACUGAAGAUAUUGCGAAGGUGUUGCAGACAGAACGAUUACAGAGUUGGAUUGCCGAAAUGAAACCGCCUUCAGCCGUCUUUCUACUGCUUAAUAUGGAGAGGACAGACGGGUUUGUAGACCCUAACACUCUAGCCAGUUUCAAAUUCAAAGAGUUUGCCAAGUACGCUGAAAUGUUCAACAAGAAGAACCCCACAAAAACUGAAUCGUUGAUGUCACAGCUAGUAUUCCACUACGGGAAUUGGCACUUGCGAAAUAUGAUUGUGGUCGGUCUGAGAGAUCCGAGUACGGCGACAAUAGCAGCAAAGCUGGAGGCUAUGCAGUUUGAUCACUGCCUGAUGAAUCACUAUCCCCCAGACGAAGUCUUCAAGGCAGUGAUAUCUAAUCAUCCUGGAGAAAACAUCUUUAACGUCCCAGUGUUCAAAAUUUGGAUCAAAUACCUGGACGAUUACAGCGCCACACGCCCCGAAAUGGACAAAUACACGUUGAUUACGAUCCUACGAAAUAGGUUCUCGGAUUUCAAAUUGAAACAAAUGGUUAAAGAAGCUAUCGAAAAUCCGAGCACUGUCGAUAUUGCGAGGCGAGUGAAUGCUCAAUUGCGCCAUUAUACAGGAUACACGGGGUAA